CCACGAGUUGGUUGCGUGUGCUCUGUGUGCGGUAAUUAAGAAAGUUCAUACAGCUUUACCGGUUGUUCUUACACCUAACCUAACCAAACCAACAAACAGUAACCACAACAACAACAACAACUAUUUACAAAAUGGUGUACACAGUUACAGACGUGAACGACUUCAAGACACAGCUGACGAAUGCGGGCGAUAAGCUGGUCGUUGUGGACUUCUUUGCCACCUGGUGUGGACCCUGCAAGAUGAUUGCGCCCAAGCUGGAGGAGCUGUCGCAACAGUUUUCCGAAAAGAUUGUUGUAAUCAAGGUUGAUGUUGAUGAGUGCGAAGACAUUGCCAUGGAAUACAACAUCGCCAGCAUGCCCACGUUCCUGUUCAUCAAGAACUCCGUCAAGGUGGACGAGUUCGCUGGCGCCAAUGCCUCCCGAUUGGCUCAGACCAUUGAGAAGCACAUCUAAGAGCAAAUGCAAUAUAAGUUAAACCUCAAUGCCUCUUCUUUUUUUGUGUUUUGUAAAAAUGAAUUGUCAAGAAGCAGCAGCAGCCGUCAGAAAAGGCAAUUCGCGUAGUUCUCUUUAUACCAUUUAGUUAAUUAUGUAUUCCAUAAGUUUGCUAUGUUUGCAACAAACACUCACACACACACAAACACCUAAUCGAAUUAAUUCCAGCACAUUGAUUUGUUCAGAUUAAAUGCAUUCAAUUAUAUUUCUCAAUUAUUUUUGGCGUCUUCGACACUCUGCAGCGCAGCAUCAACAAACAAUUGAAAAACAAAAGUGGCUUUAAAUGUAA